AAUGUCCUAGCGAUAAAGUCAUGGGGAUACGUAGUUCAUGAUGAAACUCUAUCCCGGCGGGCAAUCGGGUCUAAAUGGCUUCUUUAUGAUGUACUUGACGAAAUGGAAGCGCGUCGCUGUGGUACUGCUCUUCAUAUGGAUUGUCGUCACGUACCUCGUUAUAUCACCUCUGAGAUGCGACAGCAACACGGACGAAACGGCCGACUUUCAAGAGAGAUUAAAAGCGGUCUCCCAACAGUUUGAAUCGCUGAAGCAGCAACACAGCAACCUGAUUGCACAGAUAAAGAAAUCCUCUGGACUUAAUGUAAAUCUUAACGACAUCGAAACGUCAGCGUUCCUCCACAAUGGCGGGGGUCCGUCUGAGGAGUACGAGAACCUCAGACGCAGGGUGUACUCCAACACUAAGGAGAUAUGGUACUUCGUGAACCACGAAUUGACAAAGCUGAUUCAUGACGACGUUCAGUCCGAGAAGCUUCAAGCGAUAUUGGACCAAGUGGCCGAUAGGAAAAGAUCGUUGUUAUCGGAUCAGCAGAAGCUUUCAGAACUAGACGGUUAUCAUGAAUGGCGAAGGACAGAAGCGGCGAAUGUUAGCGAUCUAGUGCAGAGAAGACUCAAGUAUUUACAAAACCCACCUGACUGUAGGGACGCUAGGAAAGUCAUCUGUAAUUUGAAUAAGGGCUGUGGAUUCGGUUGCCAACUUCACCACAUAGUAUACUGCCUAAUCUUCGCGUAUGCUACUGAAAGGACGUUAAUCCUCAACUCGAAGGGCUGGCGGUACAACAAUAAGGGCUGGGAAUAUGUUUUCCAUCCCAUAUCUGAUAGUUGUACUACAGCGUAUGACGAUAAAGUUAUUCAAUGGCCAGCCUCAUACGAUGCUAAGGUGGUUUCCUUGCCGUUUAUCGAUUCGAUAUCACAAAAACCGAAAUUCCUACCCCUCGCUAUACCAUCAGAUUUGGCGCACAGAAUAGUUCGUUUCAACGGCGACCCACCGUCGUGGUGGAUCGGUCAAAUGCUGAAGUAUAUCUUAAAACCCAAAACAGGCAUGCAAAAGGCCAUCAACGAUACAAUCUCUAAGAUGGACUUCAGGAAUCCUAUUGUUGGUGUUCACAUAAGAAGAACGGACAAAGUGGGCACAGAGGCGGCCUUCCACCACAUCGACGAAUAUAUGUUACAAGUGAAGGAUUAUUAUGACCAACUUGAACUAACUCAGGUCGUUGACAAGAGAAGAGUGUACUUGGCAACGGACGACGCUAAUGUGCUGGAAGACGCUCGCAACAAGUACCCGCAGUACGCGUUCCUGGGGGACGCGUCCAUCGCUAAGACGGCGGCGACGCACCGGCGGUACACGCCGCUGUCGCUCACGGGGCUGCUGGUGGACCUGCACCUGCUGGCGCGCACCGACUUCCUCGUGUGCACCUUCAGCAGCCAGGUGGGGCGCGUGGCGUACGAGAUGAUGCAGGCGAACCGCGCGGACGCGGCGGACAGCUUCUACUCGCUGGACGACAUCUACUACUUCGGCGGCCAGAACGCGCACGACCGCCGCGCCGUCAUGGCGCACGCGCCGCGCGCCGCGCACGAGAUCGCCGUGCAGGUUGGAGAUCUGAUCGGCAUCGCGGGAAACCACUGGAAUGGUUUCGGUCGAGGGACGAACAAACGGACUAAUGUGAAUGGUCUAGUACCAUGGUACAAGACAGCAGAUCACCUUGUACUGUACUCCUUCCCCGAGUACAAACACGUACCGCAGUAUCCGGAUACACGACAAAAUAACUUAUGAAGUAAUUCAUUGUUGUAGAGCCUAGCCUUGAUUCAUAUGUAAUUAUCAGCGAUCACGCUGGCUCUGAUGUAGCUGUGUAUUGUGUGGUAAGUGAGAGUACCAGAAGCCAAUAUUGUUUCCUUUUUACUUUCCCUAACUUUUUUAUACUUUGCCAGCAAGCUGGUUCCUUUAAUGCUGCAAAUGUAUAGGCCAGACAAAAAUGGCACUUAACAUCAGGUGACCUGACACAUUCCUAGCUAUUUCCCU